CAGCAGGUGCUCAGGCAAUCUUGGUCUCUCCUCUGAAGCACAAUGCUGGCAACAAAGCUCAGUCUGGUGGCCUUGUUGAUGGCUGCAUGCUCGGUGUACACUGAUGCAAAGAGCAGCAUUGCCUGUGAGCACACUCCAGUCAACCUGACCUGUGAAACUGGACAGAUCGUUGUUUACGCGGCUAACUACGGACGAACAGACGCAACCACGUGCCCAGGUGGACCUAUUCAAACCACCAACUGUGCUGCCUCAAACAGUCUCUCCAUCGUGGCAAACAGGUGUGAUGGAAAGACUUCCUGCUCGGUGCAGGCCUCCAACAGCAUCUUCACUGACCCAUGCAUUGGCACCUUCAAGUACCUGAACAUCUCAUAUAGCUGCAUCAAUACCAAGAGCAGCAUUGCCUGUGAGCACACUCCAGUCAGCCUGACCUGCGAAACCGGAAAGAUCAUGGUUCACACUGCUAACUACGGACGAACAGACGCAACCACGUGCCCAGGUGGACCUAUUCAAACCACCAACUGUGCUGCCUCAAACAGUCUCUCCAUCAUGGAAAACAGGUGUGAUGGAAAGACUUCCUGCUCGGUGCAGGCCUCCAACAGCAUCUUCACUGACCCAUGCAUUGGCACCUUCAAGUAUCUGAACAUCUCAUAUAGCUGCAUCAAUACCAUUGAGUCUCGUGUGAUUUGCACGGAGAACACCAUGUCCAUCGUGAUUGAGAGGUCUUCUGCCAUUGGGCUGCACGAGGACCACCUGCGUCUCAACGAUCCCCUCUGCACACUCUACUCCAACGGCACCCACGUACUCGCCAACACGUCCCUCAGCACAUGUGGCACACAGAUGGAGGAUGAUGGGGAGAGCCUCAUCUUCAGUAACGAGGUAGUGUCCUUUGAUGACCUGACGGACGUCAUCACCAGGAGACACGACGUGGAGAUCCAGUUCUCCUGUAAGUAUCCGAAGCGCACCAACGUGACAGUCCAGUUCGACGCCCACCGGCCGCCCCUCACCUUCAUGCAGCGUGGCUUCGGCACGUUCACGUACCGCUUCGAGUUCUUCAGCUCCAACGGCUUCAGCCAGAUGCGCGACCCCAACUCCUACCCGCUGGAGUUUGACCUGGGGGACAUGAUGUUCAUGCAGAUCGAGUCCAUCUCCUCCAUCCCCAACACCGAGCUGUUCGCCGAGUCCUGCACCGCAGCUCCCAGCGAUGACCCCCAGGAGGCGCUGUCCUACCCCAUCAUCCAGAACGGGUGUGAGGUGGAUGACACGGUAGAGUUCUACUCGGGCCAUCAGUCGAAGGUCCAGUUUGGGAUGAAGGCUUUUAAGUUCAUUGGACUACAUGACCAUGUGUUCAUCACCUGCUCAGUGAUCCUGUGUGAGGCUGGCGUACCUGGCAGCAGGUGUUCCCAGGGCUGCACCAACGGCUCGGUCUCUGGACACCAGAUCCACAAGAGGGACGUCCCUGUCCAGACAGCCAGCCACUUCAUCUCCCAGGGUCCUCUGCGCCUCAGACGGGCCCUCGUCAACGCCAACAACGGAGCUAACACAGGAGUGGCCAACAAAGGCCUGAGUCUGAACCUGGUGUUCGUUAUUGGGGGUCUCCUGGCAGCUGUUGCUAUGGUGUGUGGAGUCCUAAUCCACAGGAACAGGAGCCCCGACAUCAGAUACGAUAAACUGCCCUCCACUGACAUCUGAGAUCAUCUCUGCUGAGAGUUUAACAAUCAAUGGGGGAUUUCCCCCUGAUUUUUGUCGUGUGUCUCCAACCAUCCUCCAUGAAGUGAUUUUUAUGAUCAUCGUGACAAUAAAGAUGCUCUUAGCAAUAUUA